AUGUCGAGCAACUCCGCCGCCCCCCGCCGCUUCUCGUCGGCGAUGUCGACCGCGACGGCCAAGCGCCCGGCCGUGGCGGAGGGCGCCGGGGGAUCCAGGGCGGCGGCGGGCCCCGCGGCCGCCCAGCAGCAGGCCAAGAAGCGCGUGGCGCUCGGCAACCUCACCACCAACGUCGCCGCGGCGGCCGCGGGCAGGGCCGGCUGCGGGAAGAUCGCGGUCGUCACGGCGGGCAAUGCGAGGUUGAAUUCAACUACCUCAGCUGCACCAGUGAAGAAGGGAUCUUUGCCAAGUGCUCGGAAUGCAAGCGCAAAUCGUGGUUCGUCUGUGAAAUCGGCUUCCACCAAGCCAGCUCCUGUCACAUCUCGCCAUGAGGGCUCCAUGCAGAAGGAGAGUGCUCCUCCUCGUAAGGUGCCUACGGCGGUGCCGAUUGCCGUGCCUGCCGUUAUACCCUUCAGCAGCUUCGUGUCUCCUGGACAUUCAGGAGAUUCAAUUUCCACUGACGAGACUAUGUCGAGUUGCGACUCUAUGAAGAGCCCCGAUUUCGAGUACAUUGAUAAUGGUGACUCCUCAUUGCUCGAUUCUUUGCAACGACGGGCAAAUGAAAACCUGCGCAUUUCAGAUGAUAGAACUGUGGAAGGAGCUAAGUGGAAGAAGGAUGCUGCUGCCCCAAUGGAAAUUGACAACGUUUGUGACGUUGAUGACAACUAUGAGGAUCCACAGCUGUGUGCUACUCUUGCUUCUGAUAUCUAUAUGCACUUGCGAGAGGCUGAGACGAGGAAAAGACCAUCAACUGAUUUUCUGGAAACAAUUCAGAAGGAUGUGAACCCAAGCAUGAGGGCUAUCCUGAUUGACUGGCUUGUGGAAGUUGCUGAAGAAUAUCGUCUUGUUCCUGAUACCUUAUACCUGACAGUCAACUAUAUUGACCGUUACCUUUCGGGCAACGAGAUCAAUCGCCAAAGGCUGCAAUUACUCGGUGUCGCUUGCAUGCUUAUAGCUGCUAAAUAUGAGGAGAUUUGUGCACCCCAGGUAGAAGAAUUCUGCUACAUCACUGACAAUACCUACUUCAAGGAUGAGGUUUUGGAUAUGGAAGCUUCCGUCCUCAAUUACCUGAAGUUUGAGAUGACCGCACCUACAGCAAAGUGCUUUUUAAGGAGAUUCGUCCGGGCUGCACAAGUCUGUGAUGAGGAUCCACCUUUGCAUCUUGAGUUCCUAGCCAAUUAUGUUGCUGAGCUAUCACUGCUUGAGUACAGUCUACUUGCUUACCCUCCUUCACUUGUUGCGGCCUCCGCAAUUUUCUUGUCGAAGUUCAUACUGCAGCCAGCAAAACACCCCUGGAACUCCACCCUUGCCCACUACACACAGUACAAGCCGUCGGAGCUAUGCGAUUGCGUGAAGGCGCUGCACCGCCUUUUCAGCGUUGGUCCUGGGAGUAAUCUUCCUGCAAUCAGAGAAAAGUACAGCCAACAUAAGUACAAAUUUGUCGGGAAGAAGCAAUGCCCAACUUCAGUGCCCGCAGAAUUCUUCCGGGACGCGGCAUGCUAG